GGCUUGCUAGCUAGCUGCGGCGUUCACAUUGAGAAGAGACAACGAACAAAACUAUUCCAUGAUGAUGGCUAUGCCUAUAUAUAUGUUAUAGUGUCUGUGUCUCAUUAGUCUUAGUGUGGUUAAAGAAUGGCUUCUAUACAAUGGCCAUAUGAGCAACUUAAAACAGCUUUCUCUGUUUCUACUUUUCAUCAAUACCUUUUCCUCUUUCUUCUUGUUAUUGUUGUGUUAAAGCUAACAAGAAGACCCAAAAUCAAACCCAGUUUCAAUCUGCCUCCCUCCCCAAGAAAGCUACCAAUCAUUGGCAAUCUUCAUCAACUAAGCAAAUUGCCAUACCAUUCUCUUAGAACCCUCUCACAAAAGCAUGGUUCUCUGAUGUUGUUGCAGUUGGGGCAGACUCGAGCCUUGGUGGUUUCAUCUCCAGACGCGGUCAGGGAAAUCAUGAAAACUCACGACAUAACUUUCUCAAACCGACCCAAAACCACAGCAGCAAAAACCUUGCUGUAUGGAUGUAAUGACAUUGGUUUUGCAUCCUAUGGAGAAAGCUGGAAACACAAAAGAAAAAUAUGUGUCCUUGAGCUUCUGAGCCCCAAAAGGGUGCAGUCACUUAGUCUCAUCAGAGAAGAAGAGGUUGCAGAAUUGAUUAACAAGAUACGUGAAGCAAGCUUGAGUGAUGCAUCCUCCUCUGUGAAUCUAAGUGAGUUGCUUAUUGAAACAACAAACAACAUCAUCUGUAAAUGUGCUCUUGGAAAGAAAUACAGUACAGAAGAUUGUCACAGCAGGAUCAAAGAGCUUGCAAAGAGGGCGAUGAUUCAACUUGGAGUUGUCACUGUGGGGGAUCGCUUUCCUUUCUUGGGUUGGGUUGAUUUUCUAACUGGCCAAAUUCAAGAAUUCAAGGCUACUUUUGGAGCAUUGGAUGCCUUAUUUGAUCAGGUAAUUGCGGAGCAUAAGAAGAUGCAGAGGGUAUCUGAUCUCUGCUCCACUGAGAAAGACUUUGUGGAUAUCCUCAUCAUGCCUGACUCUGAGCUCACCAAGGAUGGCAUCAAAUCAAUUCUAUUGGAUAUGUUUGUAGCAGGAAGUGAAACAACCGCAUCAGCACUAGAAUGGGCUAUGGCAGAGCUCAUGAAAAAUCCAAUGAAAUUGAAGAAAGCCCAGGAUGAGGUGAGAAAAUUUGUAGGGAAUAAAUCAAAAGUAGAGGAAAAUGACAUCAAUCAAAUGGACUACAUGAAAUGUGUAAUCAAAGAAACUCUAAGGUUACAUCCACCUGCUCCUCUCUUGGCUCCUAGAGAGACAGCAUCUAGUGUGAAACUGGGAGGGUAUGAUAUUCCAGCAAAAACACUGGUAUAUGUCAAUGCAUGGGCAAUUCAGAGGGACCCUGAGUUUUGGGAAAGACCUGAAGAGUUCAUUCCAGAGAGACAUGAUAACAGCCGGGUUCAUUUUAAUGGCCAAGACUUGCAAUUUAUUACAUUUGGUUUUGGGAGAAGGGCAUGCCCCGGAAUGACGUUUGGGCUUGCUUCUGUUGAGUAUAUUCUGGCCAACCUUCUUUAUUGGUUCAAUUGGAAGCUGCCUGCAACUCACACAUCUGGACAAGACAUAGACAUGAGUGAAACAUAUGGCCUAGUUACCUACAAGAAAGAGGCACUUCAUCUUAAACCAAUCCCCUUUUUCCUUUAAAUCCAUGGUUUAAUUUACUUUAAAGUGAUCUAUGUUAUAAGGAGGGACGGAUCCAAACAAUAAAUAUCAGUGUGACUAAAAUAUAAAAGAAAUUAUAGACUAAAAUAUAUUGAAAAUAAAAAAUAAUGUUUAAUAAAA